AUGAGUUCCGAUGGUGUAUCGAAUAAACAGAGCCUGCAAUAUAUACUUCGCUCAGGUCUCGCUGGCGGUGUUGCGGGUUGCGUGGCAAAGACAGUUGUCGCACCGCUCGAUAGAGUCAAAAUCCUUUUCCAGACGUCCAAUUCUGAGUUUCGCCAGUAUGCAGGUACAUGGACCGGCGCAUUCCGUGCUGCAGCGCUCAUCUACCACGAGAGCGGCAUUCGCGGUCUCCUCCAGGGUCACUCUGCGACCCUACUCCGCAUAUUCCCGUACGCGGCCAUCAAAUUCAUGGCCUACGAUCAGAUAGAACACGUUCUGAUGCCGACACGAGAAUCAGAGACGAACGUCCGCAGAUUCCUCGCAGGUGCCCUCUCAGGGAUGACCUCCGUCAUCUGUACAUACCCCCUCGAGCUCAUUCGCGUACGCAUGGCAUUUAUGACACGCUCGUCAACUCCACACGCUGUUGCCCCACACCUCUACAUACGCCCAUCUUUCGUCUCCGCCAUGUCCGAAAUUUACCACGAAAACACCGCCAUGAAGACCACCACCUUUUUAUCUACCCCCACGUCCCCCUCCUCACUCUUCACCCGCUUCCCCAUCCUCAAGUUCUACCGCGGCUUCACCGUUUCCAUCAUUGGCAUGAUACCUUACGCUGGCAUGUCCUUCCUCGCAUGGGGUUUCCUCCGUGCGCGUUUCCUUCCUCCGCCCCCGCCAUCAUCCGCACAUCAACGCCAAAAACCCACGCCGGUCGCCGACCUCGCCAUCGGUGCCGUCUCGGGCGCCCUUGCCCAGACUGUUUCAUACCCCUUCGAGGUCAUCCGUCGCCGCAUGCAGGUCGGCGGCCUUGUCCACCCCGACCGCUGGAUGCGCUGGGGCGAGACCUUUCACGCCAUCUGGAACGCGAACGGCUGGCGCGGCUUUUACGUCGGCCUCUCCGUCGGUUACCUCAAGAUUGUCCCCAUGACCGCCGUCAGCUUCGCCGUCUGGCAGUGGGGUAAGCGCGUCCUGGGUGUAUAG